AAGAACACGUCCCUAUCUCGCUGAACAUGACAAGCUAAAAUAAUUCUAAUAGUUGCUGUGUCCGACAUAAUUAUAGCAUUUGUUUUGCGCGAUUCCGGCGUUAUUGUCGCGAUUUUUUCGAACAUAACCGCGUAUUCCGGUCGGGGGUGCUUAAUAGUCGACGAAUCGUCGCAAAAUUCGCCUUAAAAACUCGAAAAUCGUUGGAUUUUAUGUAAUUUACUAGUCGGCCUAUUGCAAACAUGUGUUUCGUGUCGCGAUCGUGCGCGGUCGGCGUCACUCGGUUCCGUGAUUGAAUAAGUAUCUCUGGUACGUGCUUUCGGUAAAAUAAAAUAACCAAAGGCGACGCAUUUUAUCAUAGGUGGCGUUGUGCUAGAAGAUUCAGGAGUAACAUCAAUCUUACCAAAUGCUAUGGCAACCAGGGAAAAGAAAACGCCAAUCAACAGCAAGAAACAGACGCUAAACAAGCAGCAGGAAAUGCCAUGCGACACCUCGACGGAAAAUGAGAAAAAAACGGCGAAAUCCGGGCCUGCGAAGGUGCCCAUCGCUAAGAAGCUGGCGGGGAAGGCGGCGCCCAAACGGGUGGUGAAAAAGCCGGGCAUCCGCAUCAAAAUGAAAGCGAAAGCGAAACAGACUGCGCCUUUGAACAGAAAGUUGACGAAGAAGUUACUUAAAAGUGCGAAGAGUAUCGAGGGCGCCAAAAAACUACUUAACGGGGCGACGGAGGUGAAGAAACCGGGAAGGAAGAAGGCUGUGGAAACGGCCACCACUGAAGGACCAAAGAAGAAACUGACUAAGAAGGCGUUGAAGAACGCCGGGUUGGGAUUAAAGAAAAGCGAGGCCGACGAUACGGCUUCGAAUAUAAGCGACAAAACCGAUAUUUCAGCCACUGAAAGGCCUGCAUCCAGAGCACGCGGCAAAAAAACAAAACCUGACUUGGCCGAAACUGAAGAUAUCGAUAUAUCUUUUCUGGAGAAAGAAGUCAAAAAGGAAGUGGACUGCGUGUCGGAUUCUGGCAAGAGCGACUCUUCGAAACCAAAAAGAUUGACUAAAAAGCAAAAGUUAGAAUUAGCCCAGAAGGACGUGAAAAAAGAAGACUUAACAAUCAAUUCAUCUGUAAUAGACAUGCUAGAUUUAAGCGUUACAAAAACUAGUACCAAAGCCGUGCAGCAACGUCGACAUAGUAUUGAAAAAUUCCCUAUUGGACCCAUAGAAACUUUAGAGCAAUCGCAAGGGAUUUUCGCUCAGCUUCCUAGAAGUAUGAGCCCUAGAGCUAGACGUAACACGAAAAUAAGACAGAGCAUAGACGGUCUUAAGCGAUCCAGCCCCUACACGACCCGAUCCGACUCCCCUGCUAGAAUGCUUCGCAACGGAAAGCAAAGAAAACUCAAAGACCUCAACUUAAUGGAAGGUCUAGACUCCGACAGAAAAGACAGGAAACGCCGACGACUGUGCUCCGACCUAUCCGGUAGCGAAAUGUCGGUCUCAAAACUGUCGGGCUACGAGUCGGAUAGCAGCUUCAGCGAUUUAGCUUCCCUGACGGGAACUGAAGCAGGAGAUAUCAAAGACGUCGACAUCAAACCUAAUAUUACCGAAGAACCUGCUGUCGUUAAAAGAAGCCUUUCUUCUGAGGUGGCCGCUCAAGACGCGAUCAGUGAUUCCGAUAAUAUUUUUAACGAAAGCAAUUCGGUCGAUAUUAACUUGAACGAUAAAAAAAUUAAAUUGGAAGUUAAGGAAGAAAACGUGGCUUCAAAACCAAGCAUUAAACUACCCGAAAAAACAUUUCUUCUCGAUAUAAUGAAGCAAACAUUCAACAACGAAGUUGACAAGGCUAAAAAUGAAGUAAAACAACAACCAAAAGAUAUUAUAGAAUUAGAUUCCACCGAUAAAGAAAAUUUUGAAGAAACAGUCAAUACUAAAGAUCCCAACGAGAAUGAACAAAUGCCUCAAGAACAACAAACAGUUGAGGAAGAAACCACGGAGGAAAAACCUGAAGAAAACAUUGCUGUAGACAAUGAAGAAAAAGUGCAAACUGAAGAACCUGAAGUUCAUUAUGUAGAUGAUGAAAUGGAGCAGCUUACCGCUGAACUAACCCAAAUGAUAAACGGGAAUAAUAAAGUUGAAAAUAAAGCAGACAAUGAAGAAAAAGGUGUCGAAAAUGAAGAAAAAGGCGUCGAAGAACCCGAGGAUAAGGAAGAAGUAGAGGAAGAUUUAGAAGAAAAUGAAGAGAUCGAUGAAGAACAUACAGAAAUCGAUGAAGAACAUAAAGAAAUCGAUGAAGAACAUAAAGAAAUCGAUGAAGAAAAUAAGGAAAUUGUAGAAGAAAAUGAAAAUAACGAUGAAGAAAACAAAGAAAUCGAUGAAGAAAACAAAGAACAUGCGGAAAUCGAAGAAGAAAAUACGGAAAUUGUAGAGGAAAUUAAAGAUAUCGAUGAAGAAAGUAAAGAGGAAAAUAAAGAGAUCGAUGAAGACAAUAAAGAAAUCGAUGAACACACUACAGAAAUUACUGAAGAAAAUCAAGAAAUUGUUGAAGAAAAAGAAGUGGAAGAAUCUCCUGAAAUUCCAGAAGAAGAAGAAACACCUACCCUUCCUGAAGAAGAAAAGGAAGAAACCACACUACAAAAUCCCGAAGAAAUGGAAACUGAAGACGUACCUCCACCUGUAUUGGAGGCAGUCAACAAUGUAGAAACAAAUAAAAUCGAAGUACACGAGGAAGAAUCUGAAGAACAAGAAAUUCAACCCAAAGAAACUGAAGAAACAAUGCCGGUUCUUGAAGCUAACGUUUCUGAAGACUUGGAUAAUAACAAGGAAAAUAACGAGGUACCAAGAGCGACACCUCCGCCGAAAAUUGAAGAAUCAGCGGAAGAAAAGGCGUUGAAAGAGAACAUUCUGCAGGCUUUAGGUCUGCAGAGCCUGCAGGCUGCUGAAGAGGCUAAGAGUAAGGAAAAGGCGCCCAAGACUGAUGGUGGUUACACUGGGACUCUAAAGACUGUGAUUAAGAUAAAUAGGGAGAAGAAGAAGGGAAGAAACUCGUUGAAGAUGACGCUGCAGAAGAAUAAGGGUAAAGGUGACGCUGAAUCCAGUGGUGUGGAGGAUGGUUACAAAAUAAUGAAGGAGAGUUCUUCAAGUUGGAAACACGGGCAUAAUUCUUCAGAUACAGCUGGUGCGCGUCAUAAAUCUCACUAUUUUAACAGAUCUAACCCGGAUGGUAGCAGUGAACACACUUCCGACGGUGAAAGUAACAAUCAAGAUGGUACCGCUAAAGCAUUGGUUAUACCUGAAAAAGCGAGUUCUUUUAGUAUACACCCUGGUAGGUUGUGUAAGGACGAAUGUUCGUACUGUUUCGGCAAAUUUGGUUUAUUUGAUACGCCGUGUCAUAUAGCACAAAUGAAGAACGUGGAUAGACAAGACAAGAUCUUGGCAGCUGAAAAACAUUUAACAAGAGACUCGUGCCUCUGUGAUGCCUGUUAUAGACACGUAGAUAGAAAAUCUAAUACACCUUCAUAUACAAAUAAGUCUACAAAGAGAAGCUCUCUUGUAGCACCAGGUCCAAGGCAGAAUCAUUGCCAUGUGCUUGGUUGCGAGAAAGUCUCCAAUAAUAUUUUGCGGAGAAAGUGGAUAAUCAAAAUGAGAAAAAGCAUAUGCCAAGUGAUAAACAUUGAUCUGGACAAUCCAGGGCUCCAUUCAAUCCCAAUUUGCGAUGAACACUACUCAGCUUUGGAACAUUUAAUGGUGUGUGCAAUGUGUAAAAGACGACUGGCUAGAAAUCAUAUACACUACCUGGGACCAGAAAGUGCAAAUCUUAAUAACGCCUUAAACACAGAAGGUAUACCUUUAUCCCUGUGCGAAAAACCAGUUGUUUGCAAAUUGUGCAAAUGUUUUGCCGCUGUUAUACUUAAGGAGCCCGAUGAUAGACCCGAGAACAGUAUGAAUUUCUUCAAGGAAUACAAGAAAAGGUUGCUUCAUUUCAACGACAUCGAACCGCUGGAAGAAUCGGCAGCCGAAGAGCCAAUCCUGGUACCGGCGCGAUCUGACAAGGAAUCCAAGUUGAAGAAAAGGAAGAAGGCCGAUACUUCGGAAGAAGAAUCCAGCCAGCACGAAGAUCAAAAUAACGCGGAGAACGAUUUCAACUGCGUCGACUACAACACUUUGAUCCCGGCCAUUGCGAUGGACUGUGAUAGUGAUAGUGACGGGAAAAAGGACGCCGAGGUGAAGAAAGUCAUGCAGAGGAUGGAGUCCGUGAAGGAAGCAGUGGAAGUUUCGAAGAAUCUGAAGUUGAAGAGUUCGAAGAACGAUGUCGCCGUCAGCAAAUUGGGGGCGAACCCUUCCAUAUCGGUGAGGCAGUUGUUCCCCGGGGAGGAGGAUUUGCCGCUCAACGCGAGCAUAGAGUUCAAUAACAUCAAAGAGAAAACUCCGGAAGGUUGGUCGAAAUGUUCCAGCGUUAUACAGUACGAUAGCGAUACUAAGAAGCUGUGGAAUGAGUUGCAGAAGCCUUACGGGAACCAAAGCAGUUUCUUGAGGCACUUAAUUCUCCUGGAGAAGUACUUCAGAAACGGCGAGUUGGUUUUAUCUUCGAAGGCUAGCCAUCACGCUGUAAAUUACAGCGAAUCAGUUCAGAAUAGAUUGCGGGCCUACGAUAACCUCCCGUCUCACAGCAACAAUCAACCUUUCACGAUGAUGCAGUUCAAUAAGCAACAAAAGAGCCAAAGUGGGAUCAUAACGAGCAAAAAAGAGGUGCUGCCGCCGGUGACGAUCACGAAAACCACUCCGAUGACGUCGCAGCUAAACAGCCCGCCUCUAAUCCCGCCCAGUGCGAUUUUGAACCCCGUAAAACGCCCGACCGCGCCCCCUGGUUUAAUCUCGCUCAACGCGAACAUACGUCCGCAGGGCCCGAGUAACAAAAUGCCUCAAUCGCAGAAAAUUAAGUUCCCCAUCACGAAAAACUGGCGGCCGAACUUGAUACCGAUCGAUCCCACCAAGAAGCAGGAGAGGAAGCAGGGUUUGGUUCAGGUCAUAUCGGGCGGCAAACCCUACCACAUAACCUUCGAGGAUUACAAAAAAAUGUGCGCUAUCAAGAGGAGUUUCGAGCAGAGGGAGAAGAACAAGCGCCUGCAGGAGCCGCCCCAAAAACCCAUCCUGGUGACGCAUAACUCGGUGUUAAAGAGCAUAGUGCCAAGAAAGGGUCUAAUAAUAUCGAAAACCACUGCCACGGUGGUGAAAAGCGAGCCAACAGACUUGGAGAAGCUCGACAAGCAUGUGGAGAACAUUGGCGGUGGUAAACCUCCGAGCGAGAAGUCUCUGUUGCUGCCAAAAAUACCAAAGUCCCUGACGGUGAUCCCGCAAACUGUAGCGAAGAAAAAUUCGCGCCCCGGGAGCCCCGUGAUGAUAAUCACGCAGAAAAACACUUCAAUCAACCGAUCAUGAUUGUACAUGAUCAAAAUAAGUGCCUAUACACGUGUGAAUCAAACACUAUCUUCGUGUAGUAAGAGAGAAAAAUAAUUGAUGAUGAAACACAAUUAAUUAGAUAAUGAUGAUGAUAUUUUUUUAAAAAGAGAUAUAAAAAUAGUAUAAUGUACAGACAGAAAACAUUUUAUAUAUAUAUUGUAUAUUUCCUAACCGUUCGGCAAUAAGAUUUUUCUAUUUUGGAUUGUUCUUUAAUCUGAAAAAUUGUUCUUAUUAUUAUUAUUAUUAAAUAUUUCGGAGUCUACGUUGACGUUAAAAGUUAGUGUUUUUAAGUACUUAUUUACCAUUUCACCAUGUCUAUAUAAUAUUGUUAAAAACCAAACAUUUUACAUAUCUGACGUUUUGAAUUUUCAGUAGGUUUGCUAAAAAUUCCUUUUGAGUGUAUGUAGGUAACAACUGAUUACUUAUUGUAGGUGCUUUUCAAACGUUGAAUCGUUAGCAGACCUUUUCAUUGUAUAUUUUACAUUAUGGUACAACUCCCCGAAGCUUCCUUUGAAACGGAAUACCUAAACUAACAUUUAACAAUAUUUAAGUAAUUUAUUUUUUUUAAAUAGUAUGCUCAUGUUGUAACCCAUUAAUUAAGGUAUUUUUAAUUUAUUUAGUGUUUUUUUACGUCUCAUCGGAUGUACUGUUUUUAUGAAGAGAAAAAAGUUGAUAGAAUAUGCAGGACUUUCACCUUUUUUUUUUUAUUAAUAGUGGAAAAAGGUGCGAGUUUGUGUAGGCAUGUGAGAAUGAAAAAAGGCUGAGUUAUUGUUAUUCUUUCUUAUUAUUAUUAUUAUAUUUAAUGAUUAUUGCCCAAAGCUAAAUUCGAUUUUUUUGUAAAUACUGUAAUUGACCUAUGGGCUUGAUAAGUUAAAAAUAAAAAUUAUUUACAAUAUAAAACAACUUAUUUAGUUCCUCUUCUUAACUCCAAAAAAUGUAUAUUAAAGGUAAGUAAGUGGUCUAAAAUUAAUUAAUGAGAUAAGGAAGAAAUUCAAUACUUACCUACAUAGGUACCAAAAUUUUCUUAAAAGAAGAAACAAUGCAGUCUGUUAAAACGAAUUAUCCCAGGAUUUAAAAAAAAAUGCAAAACAAUUUUGUAGGUUCAAUAUAAGUUUUUUAACGUUUUUUUAACAUUAUUGUCUCUCCAUUUGAAGAAUCU